AGACCGUUAUUUCAACGUUUACUCUCCAACCACUUCACUGUGACAAAUCCCAACUCGCCUCAUGAGAAUAUCUUGCUUCAGAAUCCCAGUCUCACCAAUUUACCUCACAACGGUAGUACUGUUUUCUAUGACAAUUCCAGUGUCUAUUCACUAGAAGUUGAACAACAACAGAGGCGUCUCAGUGUGAUCAACAUGCUUCGUCCACAAAGACUUAUAGGUACAUAUAAGAGGCUCGCCAACUGGUACGACUACUACGUUGAUCUCAAAGACGUGAAGAAGAAACAGCGCAAAUAUUAUCAAGAUCAGAACUACUUGAUAGAAAAGUUCCAAGAAAUUGACAACUUUUUGGAUGCUGGAAAGAUUCACUACAAUAUGCUUAGCAACUAUGAGGACUCAAGAAUAUUGGCUACUCACAUGGAAAUCGUAGAAGAAGAGUCGCCAGCACAUUCGCCCACUGAAAUGCAGAAAACUGAUUCUAGAAACUCAAACUACUCCAGAUUCUACGAUGUUCCUGGUAACGUAGAUAAUGAUGGUUCCAAGUUUUUGGGCUAUAAUGAAGAAGAGGAUAAUGCACAGGUAUUAACAGCAAUUUUGGUCAAUUUCUUCAUCAACUUUAUCCUUCUCCUAGGAAAGGGUGUUGUGGCAUUUCUCACAAAUUCCAUCUCGAUGGUAGCCUCAUUGGUAGACUCGAUAUUGGACUUUUUGUCCACUUUCAUUAUCUACAUCGUGAACAGAUUGGCUACGUCCAGUGAUUGGAAGGUGCAAUAUGCCUACCCAAUAGGAAGAUCGAGAUUAGAGCCUUUGGGAGUGCUUAUCUUCUCUGUCAUUAUCAUUCUUUCUUUCUUUCAAGUGGGCCAAGAAUCUUUCAAGAGAUUGUUCAUGAGCACACCAGAAGAGAGACACGUAGCACGGAUUGGAAUUGAUGCUAUUGUAAUCAUGACAAUCACUAUUGUAAGUAAGGUUGGUUGCUGGGCUUGGUGUGCUAGUAGUAAAUCUAGUUCCGUUCGAGCCUUGGCCCAGGAUGCCAUGACUGAUAUUGUGUUUAACACAGUGUCGUUAUUGAUGCCCACAAUUGGUUUCUAUUGUAACAUCUGGUGGUUUGAUCCCUUGGGAGCUUUGUUGUUGUCUGUCUACAUAAUCGUUUCCUGGUGCAAAACUGCUUUUGAACACAUUGACAACUUGACAGGUGCAGCUGCUGAUCCCAUGCACUACAAAGUUGUUCUUUACCUUGCUUACAGAUUUGCGGAACCGAUCAAGCAAAUCACAUCAUUAAAGGUGUACCACGUUGGUGACAAUCUCAAUGUUGAAAUUGACGUUGUAUUUUCUAAUGAGGAGUUUGAAUUGUCAUUCAAAGAUUGUCACGAUAUUGCUGAAGCUCUUCAGUACUCGAUUGAAUCCUUGCCAAUGGUCGAAAGAGCAUUUGUUCACAUUGACUACAUGGAGGGUAAUUUUAAGGGACAUCUCAAAUAA